AUGGAUGCAACAAAGAAACAAGUGAUGGACAUUCUUUCUCAUGAUGAUGAUGCUGAUCAAAUUCUUGAAUCAUCGAGGGAUUCCUUGAUUGACACUCCUUCAACAAGUGAUCCAAUGCUGUCAGAUCAGUCGAAAGAUGACAUCGUGCACGGACUUGAUGAUGACUUGGAGAUAAUACUUAAAAGAUUGACAGGACCACCGUCGGAUCUAGACAUUGUCACAAUAUCAGGCAUGGGUGGCAUUGGCAAAACAACACUCGCUAGAAAAGCUUAUGAUCAACUUCAAAUCAGGUAUCAUCACUUUGAUAUUCUUGCUUGGGUUACAAUAUCUCAAGAAUUUAGAGGUAGAAAUGUAUUGUUAGAAGCUUUACAUUGCAUUCCAAAGCUAACAGAUUUUAAUGCAAAAGAUUAUGAUAUGAUGGAUGACAAUGAGUUAGCUGACCUGGUGCAAAAGAACCUAAAGGGUCGAAGAUACCUUGUUGUUGUUGAUGAUAUUUGGAGUAGGGAUGUUUGGGAUAGUAUAAGAGGAAUAUUUCCUAAUUACAACAAUGGAAGUCGAAUCUUAUUGACUACUAGGGAAACUGAGGUAGCGAUGUAUGCAAAUGCCAGUAGCCCUCAUGAGAUGAACCUCUUGAAUUUAGAUAACAGUUGGAAGUUACUUUGUGAUAAGGUGUUUAGACAAAAACAUGGUCAUCCUCCUGAGUUGGAAGAAGUUGGAAAGGAAAUAGUUGAAAAAUGCCAAGGAUUACCCUUGACAAUCUCAGUGAUUGCGGGACAUCUUUCUAAUAUCCCCAUGACAUUAGGAGUUUGGAAGGAUACUGCACGAACCUUAAGUGAAAUUAUUGCUAGUCAUCCAGAUAAAUGCUUAGGAGUGCUCGGUUUGAGUUACCAUCACUUGCCUAAUCGCCUCAAACCUUGCUUUCUUUCUAUGAGUAAUUUCCCAGAGGAUUUUCAGGUUGAGACAUGGAGAUUGAUCCAAUUAUGGAUUGCAGAAGGUUUCAUAAGGACUUUUGGAAGUGAUAAAAGUUUGGAGGAAGUGGCGAUAGAUUAUUUGAAGGAUCUUAUUAGCAGGAACUUGAUACAAGCUGGAAAAAGGAGAUUCAAUGGUGAGAUAAAAGCAUGUGGAAUACAUGAUAUACUGCGUGAGUUCUGUUUGAAAGAAGUUGAAAUGACAAAACAUAUGUAUGUUGAGAGAACAUACCCCACUCUUCCAGCACAAAAGCAUAAUGUUCGUCGCUUCAGUUUUCAAUCCUUAUCUCGUUCAGUUGAUGACUUUUGUAAGCUAUUGCCCCCUAUAGCCAGAUCGAUCUACUUAUUUUCUCACUUGGAUCCUAUAAUACAUGAAUAUUUCUCUCGUUUCAACCUUCUCAGGGUAUUGGUCAUCUUCCAAAUAUAUAUAGAUCCAGAUGUAGAGUUAUCAUCAUUUCCACUUGUGAUUACAAAGUUAUUUCAUUUGAGAUAUCUCCAAUUUCCAUUUUACUUCAAUAUUCCUGAAUCAAUCUCAGAGCUUCAAAAUUUGCAAACUCUAAUUUGUAGUGGUUAUCCUUCCGAUUAUAUAAGUUUACCUGUGAAGAUAUGGACGAUGAAAAACUUGAGGUAUAUACGUCUGGGGGGAUCCAAUUAUUUACCCAUUCGUAUAGGAGAAAGUACUCUCAAUUAUCUAGAGGAAUUUUCUGGACUUUGUAGCAGGAGUUGUACAAAUGAAGUCUUUUCUGGCAUUCCCAAUCUAAAGAGAUUGAUAAUUCAAGUACCUUUACUCUGUAACGACUACUCGCCCAACGGACUCAUGGAUAUGUCCAGCUUGAGAAAACUCGAAGCAUUCAAGUGUAAUUGCUGGCUACAGUCUUGGCAAGACAUCAUCAAUAGUUCUGUUAUUCCAACAUCACUUAAGGAUUUUGUUUUUCCAGCAUCACUUAAGAGGUUGAGUUUAAAUGGUUGUAGUAAUUUUAUUUGGGAAGACAUAUCAUCAACUGUUAUGAUGUUACCAAAUCUUGAAGAGCUGAAGCUUAAAGAUUGUCGAGCCAAUGAUGAUGUAUGGAUAUUGACUGAUCAAGACGAAUUCAAAAGCUUAAAGUUGUUGUUACUGAGCAUCCUAAAUAUUGACUUUUGGAAAGCAAGCAGUGAUAACUUCCCAAAUCUAAAACGCCUUGUUCUGAAGAAUUGCAACUACCUGCUAAGAAUUCCAACAGAUUUUGGGGAAAUUGCUACUUUGGAAUCAAUUGAGUUACAUGGUUGCUUCCCUAAUGCUGAGGAUUCUGUAAGAGCGAUUGAACAAGAACAAGAGGCCAUGGGAAAUAAUUUCCUUAAGGUCUACAUCCGUGAUAGUCUCUGGAAUUGA